GAUUAGGUAAAGUGAGUGAGACAUGAGAGAGAUCACAUUCCACCAGGUCCUCUCCCGGUGCUGUAGUAUUUCAACUGGGAGGUCUUCACUUGGCCAACCAAUGAGCACACGGCCGUGUUGGAAACAGAUCCCGAUUGGCUCACAGCAGGGUAUUCUUGUCACAUCGAUAGCCGAUUGGUUGGACGAGAUGUCCAAACGCUCGAGACCCUCCCGUUUUCUCCCCUUAGCGAGGACGACGUUUUCCAUCUAGACCAGAGGGGGAAAAAAACAGCAAAAAGAGGGCAACCACCAGACCGUGGUUGGUCUGGGGAAAAAAACGGAACCUUUAGCUGCUUUACCGGGAUAGAACACAUAUCUCAGGCGGAGAUAGCUGCAUUCUUCACCGGCUCUUCAUUUACGAACACAACGUUUUCAGACAAAGAGUGUUGGCAAGCUUCUACGAAGGUCAGACUUUACCACUGGUACCACCAGGCUGAUCACUGACUAGAAGAGGAUGAUGCUCUCCUGAAUCCCACCCGCAAACUACCCCCCACCCCUACCCCCACCCCUCUUCAUCCACCAUACCACCACCUCCAUCAUGAACCACACCCCCAGCCCCCACCUGUCAGACGGCGGUAAGUCGGCCGGAGGCGGCCUGCUGUGCAGCCUGGGCCUGGGGUCCGACAGGGUGAUCCGCUCCCCGGACAGCCUCACCCACACCCCCAGCCCCACUGGAGAAACGCCCAGCUCCAGCCCCCCGCUGCUGCUGUCCCCCGGGCUGGGAGGCUUUGGCCUGGGGUCCCUGGGGGCCAUGGGCGAGGGAGCUGGAGCCGACUGGGAGAGCAGGGAGGAGCUGAGGCUCCGGGAACUGGAGGAGGCUCGGGCCAGAGCCGCCCAGAUGGAGAAGACCAUGAGGUGGUGGUCAGACUGCACCGCCAACUGGAGAGAGAAGUGGAGCAAGGUCCGCGCCGAGCGUAACCGUGCACGUGACGAGGUCCGACAGCUGAGGCAGCGGUUGGACACCCUCACCAAGGAGCUGACCAGUGUUCGGCGCGAGCGGCAGGAACUGGCCUCCGAGAACGAGACGCUACGGCUGGAGACGCUGCGUCUCCACGGCGACCACAACGCCGACGCUCCUCCUCCGUCUACCACUCCUCCGUCCUCCUCCCCGGCACGCCCGCGCGGUGCUUCCUUCUCCUCCUCUCCAUCAAUGCCUCCCUCCUCCCCCGCCGCCUCCUCCUCCUCGCAGGUCCACGCUGACGGGAAGCUGGACGGGGUGGACCGGGUGGGGGAGGGACCCCCAGGGUCUCCAGAACCAGAGCCAGUGAGGGACGUGGACUUGGACAGAAAAAAAAUGGGUCAGCAAAAGGACCUGGAGGUGCUGGAUUCGGUCCUGCGUUCCCGGGCCCCGGACGGCGACACUCAAGAAGCCUGGGCAAUCACCUCGCGCUCCUCCUCCGGUCCCAGCCGGCAGGAACGCAGCAGGCAGCUGUGGGAGGACAUUAGCACGGUGGAGGAGGACUCCAGCAGACUCAACGCCCUUCAGCUUCGCCUGGAUGAGUCCCAAAAAGUCCUGCUGAAAGAGAGAGAAGACAAGCUUGCACUGAGUAAGAGCAUCGAGAGGCUGGAGGCUGAACUCACUCAGUGGAAAUGUAAAUACGAGGAGCUCAACAAGACCAAACAAGAGGCCCUCAAACAGCUGAACCUGCUGAAGGAAAUGCACCAAGAUGAACUCGGCCGCAUAUCUGAAGACUUGGAGGACGAACUGGGAGCCCGAACCAGUAUGGACAAGAAACUAGCUGAUCUACGUACUGAGAUGGAGCGGCUGCAGGUGGAGAACGCCGCGGAGUGGGGGCGUGGGGAGCGCUUGGAGACGGAGAAACUCGCCCUGGAGAGGGACAACAAGAAGCUGAGAGCUCAGGUGGAAGACCUGGAGGAGCAAAUGGCCAAGAAGCGCCGGCAGGCGGCCUCGGCACUCGACAUCGACAUGAAGGCCAUCCAGAGCGAGCUGUUUGAGAGAAACAAGGAGCUGGCUGACCUCCGCCAUGUCCACGCUAAGUUGAAGAAGCAGUACCAGGAGAAGACGGCCGAACUGGUCCACGCCAACCGCAGGGUGGAGAGCCACGAGGCCGAAGUCAAAAAGCUGCGACUGAGGGUGGAGGAGCUGAAGAAAGAUUUAGGCCAGGCAGAGGAUGAGUUGGAUGAGUCCCAUAACCAGACCAGGAAGCUGCAGAGGUCUCUGGAUGAGCAGGUGGAGCAGACUGAGAACCUGCAGGUACAAUUGGAACACUUACAGUCAAGACUGCGGCGGCAGCAGCAGAGUCCUGGUCUGUUUGGGAAAAUGCGAUCAGCUCGAUUCAAUCCUGAAAACCCAGACGGUCCCAUCAGUGAUAUGGAUGAGGAGGAGGAGGAGCUGCAGCUCCAGAUCCCCUGACACACUUCACACACACACACACAACACACACACCACACACACACACACACACACACACACACACACACACACACACACACACCACACACACACACAGUGUUUUUACACAAACAUAAAGAAGUUGAAUACUGUUGCUCUUGGGGGAAAACUUUGUAUCACAAGAAAACGUCACAUUUUGCUACAGGAAGCAGCCGUCAGGCCCAGCUAGUUCUUAAAGGACCACCCCAACAUUGUGGGAGAUAUUUUACCCAGAGUCAGACCAAAACGUCAAUAUCACUUUUAGCUCUGUGCAUCCAUGUGUCCUUGUUGGAUGCAAAUGUUAGGCAAUUCAUUGCCGCUUGCAAUAAUCAAAGUAUCAUCAAAAACAAACGAACAAAGAAAGCAAAGCAAGGUUUGUCGAACAAAGAGACUACAAAGAUACCACACAAUUAUUUAUCUUUAAAAUGAAACAGGUAAUGUGACAAAGUUUCCACCAAGCAGCAAUCACAUACUCAUACACACUAAGAAAUACAGGCACAUAGCAGCAGGCGUGUGACAGCCAUUAUCAGGAUGUCCGGUAGUGUAAUGCUGAAUGAAAGGAUCUUCAACUUCCACCAAACCACUCUGGCAGAGGCCGACCCAUAUCAUCCUUUCAAUGUACUCAUUAUUACCUCAUAUCACCACAAGCAUUACACCUGUCCCAUUUGAACUGUGCUACUGUAUUCAAUCAAGCCCCAAGUAUUAUUUCCUCAUAGCGUCUGCUGUAAACAAAACGCCUUUAUGUCCCUCUGAGCUUGCAAGCGUUGAUUUAUAACAAGGGAAUAUCGGUCCGAAAUUUCUUCCAAAUAUUGAAGUCUAUGUCCCGUGUAUUUCAAGUUCACAUCCAAUGCUGGGAGCACACUACACCUUUAGCCUCAUUAUGGCUGCAAGGUGGAAUGAAUCCACUCAGAGUGAGAGAAAAGCCUCAACUCUGCUCAACUUUGCUUUGUAGCAAAUGUGCUUAAUGCUGCCCUACUAUCAUUAGCAGAUUUUCCAUUUAAAAACAUGCAACCUGCCCUUGAGGGCUGUGUUCAGAUUUGGGCAUGAAAGAAGAAUACAAAUCAGUCAAUACAUUUUUUCUAUACCCAAGACCUGAACCCGGCUCUUACCUUUCAGACUCGACUCACCCAAACCCGCGUGGUACUGCCGAAUUUGAGACUUGAACCAGAGGUUUUUGUUAUUUCCUCUCCAAAGACAAAGGUUCUGGUUUUAGAAAAAGGCUUUUUACACACAUUUAAAAAAAAAAAAAUAACCUGAGAAUAUGGCCAGCAUCACACACAUAUAACUUCUCUACUAGCCAAUAAGUCAUAGGUUCACUGGCAGUACACACCUGUGUUGUGAUUUAAUGUUGCACUCUUGUCUGAAGAUGACAACAGAAGUUACAAUCGAACAGUCUCAGUAUUGAUCUGCCUACCCGUGCAAUGGUGUGCAUUUAUAAUAAAAAAAACAAAAGAAAGGAGGGAAAUGGAUGAACUGUACAUCCUGCAGUGUUUGAGGAUCUAGAUGGAGACAGGAGUAGAAGACCUGUAACUGGGGGGCACUUGUAUUCUUAUGUAAGUGUACUAAGCCUAAUCACUAUUUUAAUGAUGUAGUGUGUUCCCAGCAUGACUGAGGCUGCUCCUCGACAAUAUUUAAAUGUAACAGUACAUAGAUAAUAUGUACGUAAACACAAGCUUAGCGAGAGAAUGUACAACAUCCUUGUAAAACGAAGAGAUUGGGGGUUGUAAUGGAUGGCGUUAGUAGU